AUGGCUUUCAUAUGUUCUUUGUUAAAAGAGAAAAAGAAGGGCGACCUUGACAAAGUCCAAUUUGGAAACGAGGUAUAUGUAAGAGAUAUAUCCGAGCUACAGACAGAAAGACAGACCUUACAAGAAUCCCUAGCCAGGACCAAGGAGGAGAUGUCAUCCACCACAGAGAUCCUACAGCAGGACAUUGAGGAAAAGAAGGACGACCUUCGCAUUCUUCAAACGGAAAACGAGGGAUAUGUCAGAUAUAUAUCCGAACUACAGAAAGAGACACAGACAUUACAGGACUCCCUCACCAGGACAAAGGAGAUGUCAUCCACCACAGAGAGACUACAACUGCACAUCGAUAGGUUGACAGGGGAACUCAGGGAAAAGAAGGACGACCUUGACAGAGUUCGAUUGGAAAACGAGGGAUAUGUAACAGAUAUAUCCGAACUAAAGGCAGAAAGACAGACAUUACAGGACUCCCUAACCAGGACCAAGGAGGAGAUCUCAUCCACCUCAGAGAGACUACAGCAGGACAUCGAUAGGUUAACAGAGGAACUCGAAGAAAAGAGGAGUGACAUUGUCGAAGUUCGAAACGACAACGAGGGAUAUAAAGAGAGAUAUCCGAACUACAGACAGAGAGACAGACAUUACAGGACUCCUUCAACAGGACCAAGGAGGAGAUGUCAUCCACCAGAAAGAGACUACAGCAGGACAUCGAUAGGUUAGCAGGAGAACUCG